AAGUAUAUUAUAUGUGACCGCAGAUCUCAUUCAGUAUUUUUCAAGACAUCGGACCGAUUUACUAAGCAGAAUCUUUCCACAUAGGUAGCCACAUAUAUCCAAGGAGUUUAAAUUUAAAGUGAAUAAUGACUUCAAUAAAGUUAAUAUCGUUCGAGGAAGAACUGAAGAAGAAUCCCGAAUUAAAAGAGUCAGAUAUACAAAUAUUGAGAGAAUGGUGCGAAAAGCAACCUCAUCUGCCCAAAAUAUCAAACAGCGAAUUAGCAUUGUUCUUGCAUAGUAAUUAUUAUCGACUCGAACCGACGAAAACUACUAUCGACACCUUUUUCACAGUCAGGACUCAUGUACCUGAGUUUUUCUCUAAUCGAGAUCCUAUUAACAACAAAGAGCUCAAAAAAGCAACUGAAACGGUAACAGACCAAAUUUUGGAAGGAACUACUAGCGAAGGCUAUAAAAUCCUUUAUGGAAGACUUCUAGAUAUUGAACCAUCGCAUUUUGUUUACAACGAUGUAUUGAAAUUAUUUAAUAUGGUACUCGAUCUAUGGCUCUAUACGGAAGGUACUUGCAAUGGCCAUAUAUUAUUAAUUGAUAUGAAAAACAUUUCUUUUGGACACGUCGGCCGUUUAAGUCCUAUGGGCCUAAAAAAAUUUCUCUAUUAUUUACAAGAAGGAUUGCCUGUCAGAUUAAAAGGCAUGCAUUUCAUGAAUGCUUCACCAGUAGUAGAUGUUAUUUUGAAUAUGAUGAGACCUUUCAUGAAAAAACAGCUCUUGGAUAUGUUUCAUAUGCAUACUACAAGCGACACUCUGACGAAAUUCGUGCCGCUAGAAGUUCUUCCGAACGAAGCAGGUGGUCAAGCUGGUCCUAUACAGGAGCUACAUAGUAAGCAAAUGAAAAAAUUAGAAGAUCACAUUGCUUGGUUCCAAGAGGAUGAAUCUAAUCAUCGCGUCAAUGAAUCGUUACGACCGGGUAAAGCAAAGACAGCAACGGAUUUAUUUGGCGUUGAAGGAAGUUUUAAGAAGCUCGAGAUUGACUGAUUGAAUUAAUAAUCAGAUCUUUUGCAACAAUGCGCGAUGUAUUUAUAUUAGUUUUAUUUUUAGAAUAUUAUAAUAAUACCGUUUUCGAAAAUAAAACUAAGUAAAUCUGUUUCACAUAUGUUAAAAUUAAGGCUUGGUGUUAACAUUACGUUAACAUUAAACAAAAUGGUUGGAUAAAACAGGGUAGUAUCAGUUAAGUACGAUAAUUCUUAUGCAAACCAAUACGGUUAACAAAACAACUUUAUUAAUAAUUAACCCGCUUACAUGUUUCGGCUCACUUUUAAGUCAUCCUCAAUAUGAUGUUGUACUUACAAUUUUUUUUUUCAAACUAAUUCAUUUCAAUGAGCCACCUCUACCUAUUCAC